AUGAAGACAGAGGAUGCUGGUCAAGGCACAGGGAAGAAGUUCAAAACUCUUCUUGCAAAAAGAAAGAAGCUUAGUAGGCAGAUCAAGGCCAUUGAGAAGGAUAUGUUUAGGCAUGAGACAGUGUAUCUGGAGAUGACCCAGGGAUCUCCCCUCACAAGAAACGUAGACUACUACGUCUCGAACAGGACUGAAAAGAAAAAGCAUAGCGUUGAUGACAAAAUGAGGAUGUUCAGCAGAGGCUUUCCAAGGACCGAUCAGUAG